GUAUGGGCGGGUGAGCUGCACAUUCGAAUGUGCACUAAACACAUCUAAUUACUGCUCUAACCAUAAUAGCGGCCCGCCACUCCUGUUACUCGUAGUUAAUAUUACUUUGAACAUUCUUCCCCAAGUCUUUCACUUAUUUACUUGAUAAAUGUGGAAAAAUUGUGACGUGAACGCGUAGCGCUUAACAAAUAACAACAAACAGGAGUGUGGGCGGCUGGGCCUAUUUGCCUCCCGUACACUGAUUCUCCCUAGGCUGUGCCUCAUUCUGGGCCUCAUCCUGGGCUCUGUGUAUUACCCUGGGCUCUGUGUAUCACCCUGGGCUCUGUGCAUCAACCUGGGCUCCGUACCUCACUCUGGGUCCUAAACCCAAGGCUCUGUGCCUCACUGCGCCUUAAACCCUGGAUUCAGGCCUUAAUCCCUGGGCUCUGGGCCUUAAACGCCUGGGGCUCUGGGGCUCACUUUGGGUUCUGUGACUUAAUCUGGGCUUCAUCCUGUGCCUGAACCCCUGGGCUCUGCUCCUGAAACUGGGCUCUGCACCUCACUCUAGGACCCCGUGUACUGUGCUCUCAGUACAAGGUUCAUGUGAAGACAACAUUCACCAGGCGUUGUCAUAAGGUUUUGUUAUUGCUUAAACAAGUGCAGUUCUUGUAAUUAUGGAGGAAGCCACCUGCGAGAGAAUAAUGAAGAAAAUGGACAUGGUCAUAAGCCAGGACUCAUUAUUAGAUGAAUUCGAUAUAGUAUUUUCGCUUGGGGAAGUGAAUCGUUCACCUAUCAUCCAUGUGGAACACAAGCUUGGUCUAGAGUCAUGGUGUGUCAAGCAUGUUUAUGCCUAUGCAUAUUCCAAGAUCCUCGAGGCUAAGCAGUCAAAAAGACGAGAAGAUCCAGCUGUGUUGAACCGAUGGACACAGUUCUGUUUGCUAAUUGCCCCGGAAGUUACAACAUUUUGGAAUGUGCGAAAGCUGCUUCUCCGCCAGGGUCAUCUUUCAGCAGAUACUGAUCUUCAUCUAACAAAGUUAAUAUUGUCUAGGAAAGCAAAGUGUAUGCAGGUGUUUCAACAUCGAAAAUGGAUGUAUAGUAACAUUUUAACAAGAGGUUUGACUCAGCCAGCAAAUGGAGCCCAUAAUUUCAAUGAGGAAAACCAUAAUGAUAAUGUUGGUCUUCUAAAUUCUCUCUGCAUUAAACAAUUUCUUUUUUCUGAAUUAGAUAUAUGCUCAUGGACAGCAGAUAAACAUCAAAAUAACUAUCACUCAUGGAAUCAUAGAUUAUGGGUACUACAACAGUUUGCUACUCGUGUCGGGUUUGCAAAUGUUUGCCGAUUAGAAUAUGAAACAAGUCACAGAUGGGUUAGUGUUCAUGUAAGUGAGCAUAGUGGUCUCCACUACCUCCAGUAUCUUCUUGAUUCACUUGUCUCUUUAGUGAAUGAAGCAAAAGUUGAGAAUAUUCAGGAAAUUAUUCCAUGUGUAGAUAGUGUUGAGAAUCUUUAUCAAAAAGAGCUUGAGUUUAACCGUGACCUAAUAGAGGAGUACAGAGACCACGAGGCACUAUUUUGUCAUCGGAGAUUUCUGUUGACUCGUCUAAGAGAUCUUUGUUCUUCACCACAACGAACCUCUUCUCCUCCUCCUCCUGCAUUGAAAAGAUCGUGUGUUGAAACAGUCAACAGUGCUUGGAGUGCUGUUCUUCUUGGUGAGAGAGACCUGAUCACCAAAUGUCUUCACACUAAUUCCUAUCAAAAGAUUCUUGGUGAAAAACAUGCUCAGUGGCUUAACAAUGUAGUUGGUAUUUAACUUUAUUUUUAAUAUCCUCAUUGUAUGCAUACAUAUUAUCAAUAAUGUUUUCAUAUUUUAAAAGUUAUCAGAUCAAGUUCAUAUUUUAGUAAUACAAAAAAGUUUUUAUUUUCACUUUGUUGAUUUGUUAAAUUUUAAAUUGAAAUGUGUUCAAACUGUGAUACAAGUGCAGCUUACAAAAGUCUAAUCAGUGUUGGCAAAAUCAAAAGUUUUCGUUCUGUACAGUACUGUACUUACUUUUGUAAAACACGGAGUUGUAAGGAGAUGGCAUAAAUUUUAAAAUAUAAACUGUAAAUGCAUGAAAUUAUUAUUAAUAAAUUUGUUAUCAUAA